AGGACUUCGCCAUGGAGACCGCUCGGGACUACGCGGGAACCCUGAUCAGGCCCCUGACAUUUAUGGGAUCGCAGACCAAGAAGGUCCUGCUAACGCCCCUCAUGCACCCAGCUCGCCCUUUCCGGGUCUCCAACCAUGACCGAAGCAGCCGGCGUGGGGUGAUGGCCAGCAGCCUAAAGGAGCUCAUCAGCAAGACUCUGGAUGCCCUGGUCAUCACGGCUGGGCUGGUCACGCUGGUGCUGGAGGAGGACGGCACGGUGGUGGACUCGGAGGAGUUCUUCCAGAGCCUGGGAGACAACACACACUUCAUGAUCUUGGAGAAAGGACAGAAGUGGACGCAGGGUGCUAAGUACGGCCCAGUCGGCAGGCAGCCGAAGAAGUCAGGAAUCGCCAGAGUCACCUUCGACCUGUACAAGCUGAGCCCCAAGGACUUCCUGGGCUGCCUCAACGUGAAGGCCACCAUGUAUGAGAUGUACUCGGUGUCCUACGACAUCCGCUGCACAGGACUCAAAGCCAUGCUGAGGAGUCUUCUGCGGUUCCUGUCCUACACCGCCCAGGUGAUGGGACGGUUCCUCAUCUACGCAGGCACUUACAUGCUCCGAGUCCUGGGAGACACAGAAGAGCAGCGUUCUCCUAAGUCACCCACCAGGGGCUGGUUCAUGGACAGAUAGACACCGCCGCUGGGGCCCGGCCAGCCUCUGGAUCCCAACAUGCCCUUCCAAUGACAAACUCUCCAAGAUGCUCUUGUGUUAUUUGUCACAUGUGCCUGUGCUGCUGGCCACUGCUGCUUGGGAGUGACACAGGGAAAGGGCAAGCUCAACACACCUGGUCUGGGGUGUGCAGCAGGACACCCUGGAUGGAGGGGGCAGGAAGGGACCAGGGGGUUGUCUGGGAGCACGUGUGUGCAGCAGACCCCUGGGGCCUCGCCUGCUGCAGUAAACCCAUCACACACAGGGACAUUCAGUAUGUGGAGUGGUCACUAAAUGUCCCCAGGGGGGUGAACGGCCAGGGCC